CUCACUAAGCCUUUCCCACCUCAACCCCCCAAACCAAGUCUCUCUCUCUCUUACAAACUCACUCUCUCCCCAUAAACAAAUGACGAUCAUAUAAUCACCAAACCCCAUCAUCAUACAAUCAUACACAGUUAUCAUAUCAUCAUCAUAACCAUCAUUAGAGAGGAUCCGAUACUGAUACUGAGGAAAAAAAUGAAAACAAGCGUUUGGUCUGUUCUGUUGGCUCUGCAGCUGCUGCUGAGUUUGGCCUCUGCUACAAGCAGGAACAUUGCCCCUACUGACUCCGGCACGAGACAAGAGUCGUUGCAGCCUCUCUCCGAAGGGUCGAUGACAAGAAGCAUGAACAGAGUUGCGACGAAGAUGGGUGCAGUAUUAGAAGAACCGAUAUUUGGGAAACAAGGAGGACUAGUGGCGACCAUGAAGAUCGGGUCGAGCCCGCCGAGCUGUGAGCACAAGUGCUCCGGGUGCACGCCGUGCCAGCCCGCCCAAGUUCCCGCCACGUCUACUGGCCAUGGCCACAUGCGGGUUCAGUACACGAACUACGAGCCUGAGGGGUGGAAGUGCAAAUGUGGCCCAUCAUUUUAUAGCCCAUGACAAACAACAUCCAAUGGAACCGAAUUUUUUCCUAAUUGCUUCC